UGGUUCUAGCGGAAGCAGAACACCGGAAAUGCCCUGGAGAUCUGCUUUGAACUCAGAAAUGUCUCCACAGAGAUAAAUACUCGAGCAUGGGGCUCCGUGCGCGCGCCGUGCUCGCCUGGGGCUUGUACGUCCUGUGUUUGGCGUUGGGUGCUAGAGGUAAUCAGAAUGAGGACGUUUAUCCAGAAGAAGGUCAUCAGGUGGAAAGCCUUCAGAGCCCAAGUAUUGUGCCGACAACAGUAAAGAAUGAAGACUGCCGUGUCACAGGAAGAGUUCAGUACAAGACGGCUGAGAUUGCCGAUGCCAUGGAGAGUUCAGACGUCCAGCCUGACCGUGCGGUGCUGCUCUCUAUGCUGCCCAGGGUCAUGAAGGACAGAGAUGGAGUGGAUGGUGUGUGUGAUAUGGCGAUGGGGGAUGCAGAGUGUGGCUCCAGUGACAGUACGCUCAACAAUCCAGGUGACCAGGCUCAAGAGCAGGCCAAGAAUAUGGACCCCAAUGUUGCAGAUACAGAACAAGCCAGGACAGAUGACGCAAAUGCUACAGAUAGCAGUAAGCCUCUGAAAGUCAACUGUGAGGACCGCAACAUCACUAACAUGGAGAACUUUACUCUGCAGAUCCUCAAUAUUUCUCAGGACCUCAUGGAUUUUCUAAAUCCCAAUAGCAGUGAAUGCACCAUGGUUUUGUUCUUUACACCAUGGUGUCAGUUUUCUGCGGCCCUAGCACCCCAUUUCAACGCCUUGCCACGAGCCUUCCCAACCCUGCAGUUUUUGGCGCUGGAUGCUUCUCAGCACAGCAGCCUGUCGACUAGAUUUGGCACAGUUGCUGUUCCUAACAUCCUGCUCUUUCAAGGUGCAAAGCCAAUGGCCCGCUUUAACCACAGCGACAGGAACCUGGAAUCUUUCAAGUCAUUUAUCUUCAACCAGUCAGGGAUUGAAGCAAAACCUGAUAUUUUUGUGACAGAAGCUGACCUUGAAGGACCAUUACCCAGUACGCCUCAGGCUGGAAUAGACUGGCUCCUUGUCUUCUCUGUAGUCUAUGUGACGUCUUUUAUUGUAUAUGCCACUAUGCAGACCGAUAGGAUUCGCUGGCUUAUACCAGGGCAAGAGCAAGAACAUCAAGACUGAAACUAAACCAAACCCCUGAUGAAGCACCUCAGGACUGGUUAAUGUGUGCUGAUAUCUUGGCUUAAAGGGGUUUUCCUCUAUAUUGUUUUAUGAGAUCACUUGAGGACUGUAUGUUGUCAGUCGCCACUCUUCUACUUUCCCCUCACUUGCUCUGAUUCAUCUCUGUGUAGAGCUAUUGCGCAUGCGCAUCUGGACCUGACCACUGAAAUCAUUGUUAUAUCACAUCUCCUAAGAUUCGAUGGUGUGGAAACCCCUUUAUUGCUUUCAGGAACAACCAGAGCAAGAAAGAUUUGCCAAGAAAGCUGCCUAGAAGUGGAAAUGGGUGUACAUAUUUUACCAGGACUGACUCUUAAGGAGACAUUGCAAAUAUUAAAUAAAAAAAUGUAAAUGUAAAACUUU